CAGGUAUAAUAUGGACAUAUGGAAAAAGCAAAGAAAUUGAAGAUUCCUUGAUAAAAAAUGACUCACUUUUUGACCGCCAAGGGGGAGGGCACCCCCCUGCGCACGGGCCUGGGUUCUCCAUUUCGAAUCGAAAGGUAAACCCAGGCCUUUUUUUUUCGCGUGUCACGUAGAUCCAGUCCUCUUCGCGUUUCAUGUAAACCCGGUAUCGCGUUUCGUGCAGACCUAGUCCUAUCGCGUUUUUGGAAGAUUCAGUCCCCUCGAGUGUAUGCGGAUCCAGUCUCCCCGCGUUUCAUGGGACUGCAAGAUACGCGAGGGGACUGGGUCCACAUGCCAUAAAGUGCCAACAGGUAGCUCGUAUUAACAACAUAACAAACGUGAAAUUGCAAUUUUUUAUUUAGAAUUUAUUUAAAAGAAUCAAUAUAACAGUCCCAUGGACGAUUUGCUUAAAUUUGAAUCUAUAAAAAUACUGCAAGCGUUGCGAUCAAGUUAUUUGUUUUAGUUUCUUGUGGAGUUGUGUGAGACAAGUAACUCUAAUAAUGUUCAAUAAUUAAAAAGCUUAACAAUUCAUUGAAAACAAACCAUUUGCCGUGUCUUACAUUGCCAGUCUUCAAGAGUUGCUCUAAGUGACAUGUCAAAUGGAAGGAGAAACAGUCACUCAAGAAAUCGAGUCAAAAAAUGACGAAAGAACAACGGAUGACUGCGCUCUGUUAUUGGAAAACGAAUCACGGCAGAAUACCAAGACUCGGCUCCUUGACUUUCUCAUCGGAUUUGUAUUCAUAACACCAGUGUUUGUGCUCUUCUGGAGCUCAACAUGGCUACUCCAAGACCUCUUUACGCCUUCCAUUUUUCCACGAUCACCUAGACUCGAGCUGGUAGUCUCUGUGGGUACGAGUUCAUUUGUAAUCCUCGCACUUAUGAUCACACAGAACAGAAUUCAGGAAUAUCUGGAACAGCGCGGUAGACUUUUCCGAGUGUUUAUAUGGGGUUUCUUGGUUUAUAUUAUUGGUGUUUCUGCAGUGGUUUUCUGGAGGGGUGUAUGGAAAGCUAUUGAUUGUGUAACCGGUAAGAGUAUCUUCAGUGCUUUGAUAAGCCAUACACUUGGUUUUGUUAUACUAUCCGUGUGUAACGCCGCAUGUAAUAUUACUGCGACCCCGGUGUACAUCCUCAAAGACAAUUUCGAACCUGUCGUGAAAGUGGAGCUACGUGUCGGCGAAGUCAACCAUUGGGUACCUACGAAGGAUAUAACUGCGCGGGCUUAUCUCAUAAUCAACUCUAUUUUUACGGUCAUUGUCGUUGGAAUUUGCGUAGUCUCGUUCUGGCGGGGGACAUGGAUUCUAGUGGAAACCUCCGGUGCUAAUUUAAUCUCUCCCUCGCUACAAACUCAGCGUGUUUGUGUCUUUUUUGUCGGCUCCGUGAUCCAUGCCCUGUGUUUUUGGUCUAGUAGACCUCUUGGUGAUUUCAUAGCACAAUCCACGUGGUCACGAAAUGUGAAGACGGUGCUAGAGCUGGCGUAUAUCUACGUGCAAGGGAUAGGUGUGGUAUCCCUGUGGAUGGGAUGGUGGUAUGUGGGGGAUCUCCUCAUGACACAAGUUUGUAGUCCGCCCCUGAUGGCCUCAUUGUGCCAUGUGAUCUCCGUGAUUCUCUUGUUCAGCGGAAAGUUCGCAAUUAAUCUGCUGUCAACGCCUGCUUUUUGCCGAAUGCACACUGCGCAUGCGCUGGAGGGAUUUAACCUCGGUAGUUACUUUGGGAUCCCUGUGCCACCUGUUAUACCAAAGAGAGCUGACGAUGAUCUCACGGAGACCUCUAAUUUGAAAUAAUUCAAGGGAAUUUACCCGUGGAGGAUAAGAUGGACUUUACCAAAAAUUCAAAUUUUCAGAUUCACCCACGUGAAGACUAAUCCUUGAUGGCUGUUGAUCCCUGUGGUUGGUAAUGAAACAUAGGGGCUGAGGAUAGCCAACUUGGCUUCCUGUGACGUCACGCCAUCAACCACAGGAAGCCAGAAAAACGCGAGGGACUAGGCCGACCUGGCCUCCUCCUCAGGCAUCUUGACUGUUUUUUACUUUCAGUAUUUUUAUGAGUUGGGGUUCCUGUGGCGAGUUGAAACCGGAACCGGAAGCCGGAAGAGUGGAGGGGGAGAAAUCUUUCUUUUCACUAACCCAGGCUCCCACUCUUUCUGAAAUACGCAACUGAAAGACCAAAAUCGAAAAAAAAGCCUUUUUCCAUACUCGAAAGGACCUGCGGUAGUGGCUAAGGCCGACCAACACGUGUUUUGCUUACUUUGACUUUGUCACUAAAUCGGGAAUAAAGUCACACCAUACCAACAAAUAUAUCUGGAAGCCAAGGCAAGAACAAUGCACUUUCAAGUCGCCUUUCUUUCACUGAACGAUCUACCGUUUCUCUCUACGUGUUAACAUUCCAUCUUUUUCCUAUUAGUAGAACAUUUAACUAUUAGUCAAAAGUUAUUACGUUUCGUGUUAAACAUUUAUAACAUUUUGCUUUGAAAGUUAUUACGUUUUGCGUUAACAUCCCAUUUUGCGUUAAUUAUUACAUUUUGCGGCAUAACAGCAUUGCCUCUUUGUGAACAGAGACAUCAAUUACAGCAAGGAAAACGACGUUGUGCUAUAUGGCUAUUCUCUUUUUUAAGGUUAAAUUGAACAGCCUAAAUAUCUGCAAUAAAAAAAAUGCAACGAUUAAAGAGGGGGGCAAGGGGGGUGGGUAUUUUUUUCGAGGUCCGACCCGCUCUUUUACCGCAAACCUAAACCGCACUACCGUAGUGAGAGGGUUUCUCGAGAUGCAGUAUUCAGCCUUUUUAGCGACCGAGUAACGAAAACUCGAAUUAAACACAAGCGGGAUAAAA